AUGACAUCCGCGUUCGCGGCUGAGAAAAUGGACUGUGGCGAGUCUCUCUUCGCCGCCAUGUCCGCCUUCGUGAGCUCCUGCAUGUCCGGCCACGAUCCAUCCCAUAACCCAGCACAUGUCCACCGAGUCGUGGCCGGAGCCAACACCAUCCUAGCCGCAGAACAAGCCCUGGAUCCAGCAGCGCACUUCGACAGCACUGUGGUCCAGCUCGCGGCUCUACUGCACGACAUCGGAGACCGCAAGUACAUCUCUCAGGUGGCACAGAGCACAUCAGACACAUCAGAAAACAAAAAGGCCUCGCUCGACCCAACAACCAUGGUCCGGGAAGCCCUCCUCGCCCACGGAGCGAGCCCAGACCUCUCAGCCAAGGUGCAAACCAUCGUAUCGCACGUCUCGUACACGACGGAAUGCAAGGACCCGACAGCAAUCCAGCGUCUGAUCGAGCAAGGGUACCCCGAGCUAGCCAUCGUCCAGGACGCAGACCGGCUGGAUGCCAUCGGGGCGCUUGGGAUCGGACGCUGCUUCACAUUCCUUGGGGCACAGGGGCGUAGGUUUGUGCCUGAGGGGCAGUGGGAGAUGGACAAUGCCAUUGAACAUUUUGGAGAGAAGCUCGAGAAGUUGGAGGGCAUGAUGAAGACCGAGACGGGGAGACAGAUGGCCCGAGUGCGGACGGAGAGACUACGAAUAUUCCGUGGGUGGUGGGAAGAGGAAAUGGGGAUGUCUGCUGGUUCUACUUGA